UAUAUUGUAAAUUAAUAUAAAGGUGUCAAAAUAAAGAUAAUAGUUGUCAUUUGUUCAUGCAUUUGUUCUAAUAAAUUCUUUCACACAUAUAAACAAAUUACUGCAUUACUUAUCACACUUAUCAUAGUCACAUGAGUGAGGAAUAAGAUUUCUGUUAAAAUGAUUCAUUGAUUAGAUAAGCACCUUAAAUACAGACAAGCCUACUCAUUGCAAUCAGUGUUUUGCCGCUCAGAAUAGAUUCGUAAUUAAUGAUAAAUUGGGCGUUGUCUCGUAAUAAGGAAGUACAUGGCAUUAUCAUAAUUCUUAUCACCAUCCAAUCAUAAUUUCAGUGAUAUAAUUUAUUUGUUUGCUAUUAGAAAUCUCUGCAGGAUAUAAAGAUUGCGCCGACAGGUUUUCUCUAUAUAAACGUGCACGCGACACGAGUUAUUAUGUCUGCUCCAUAAAAUUAUCUAAUAAUCGAUAAACGAUCUUUAGCCAUUUGGUAAGUGCUACGCGAUAUUAAAGUACACCUGAUAAAAAAAGAAAACGCAAUUUGAUUCGACACAAAUAUUUGAUGGUAAUUAUUUUUUUAGAAUUAUUGUUUAAUUGCGAUGAAAGAGCGGCAAUUCGAGGUAUUUAAAUCUAUAAUUAAUCCCGAACUAUCUAGCUGCAAUGUAUAAGUUUGUGAAAUUGCAUUUAUGUUGUGUUUAAAUCAUAUUCACGGUUACUAAAUGUUAUAUUUAAAAGUUGUGUUAAUAUUAUUUCAACUCGAAAGUGAAUUAUGAUGGUUUACUUAUCCUUGCAACAGUGUAUAAACAACAUCUGUUUUCUUGAUUAUACACUUUUUAUCAUUAUUUUGUCGAUUCUAUAUUGUUGCAAAUGUUGCGAUCUUUACGUUCAUUUGUGCAUAAUUCGUUGAGUUAUCGAGUGAAUUUAUAUUUAUAUAAUGAUAAUUAAUUCUUCGCACUUGUGGAAUGUUUGCAUGGAGAUUUUAAUUGCAAAAUAUUUAAAAAAUAUCACAAACAAUAAAGCAUUUAUUUGACUUAGAAUUAAACAUGCAAUAUAACUGUUCCUGUUGAAAUAAAUCGAAGAUAUUUUUUUAUUUGUUUAUCGAGAACUACGUAACACAUCUUUAUCAAGUUUAGCCAACUAUUAAUACGAUGUAAAAAAAAAUCAUAAUAAGUAUCAUGUUUAGAAAUUUAGAAAUAUGCUCGAAAAACUAAUGCAAUAUAAAAUCCUAAUCGGAGCGAGUUGCUGUUCUUUCCAUUUUAUUACAUUUUGCAUUAAAUUAAAAUAUAUAGAAAUCGCCCUUUAAAUACAUGUAUCUAUAUGGACAACCGUGAAAACAAACAGGUGUUCAGAUCUGCAUGUUAAUUAUAGAAUCAAGUGUUCAAUGCAAUUAUAUAAUGACAUUCGUCGCACCUGUGUGUUUUUCAAAAUCUUUGAUCGUAAUAAUACGUAUUAUUCAUAUGCACACGAAUGAAUUGUACAUUAUCAGCAUUAUCAUGAUCAGAAAUUGUAUUACUUUGGUGGAGUAUAUAUACGAUGUACGCGAAAUGAAAUUUUGGUAUUAUAUUACUAAGUACCAUUGGAUAAAUCAACUCUGGCUACAAGGUACAGACAGUGCAUUCAAUUAUGAUCGAGUUAUUUUCCGAAUUAUUACGAUCGAUACAAGUAACAUUAACAAUCUUCGGAAAGUAAAACUUGCGAGUAUUACAAUAAACAUUUCAUUAAGCACACUUAUGUGUGCAUUAUGUAUUUAUGUUAAUGAUAGUCUAAAAUUCAAAGAGCGUAAAAUUAUUUCUCCAAGUUUAAAUUUCGAUGACAAACAAUUUGCAGAUGAAUCGUUGGAUACUAAUUUUCGCAGCUCUGGCUGCUAUGGCUUCGGCUGCAAAAUCAGACAAGAAGAUCGUGUGCUACUUCGGCAGCUGGGCCGUUUAUCGACCAGGAGACGGCAAAUUUGACAUCUCCUACAUUCAGCCAAAUCUUUGCACUCAUCUCAUCUACACCUUCGUCGGUAUUAGCGAGCAGGGAGACAUCCGAGUUUUAGACGCAUGGCAAGAUCUUCCCGACAAUUGGGGCAAAGACGCUUUCGGCAGAUUCAACAAGCUUCGCGAGCAGAGCCCCGAAACUAAAACGCUCAUUGCCAUCGGUGGAUGGAACGAGGGAUCCGCCAGAUAUUCCGCCGUCGUCGGCAAUCCGACCCUUCGCGCGAGAUUUGUCCAGAACGCCGUUGACUUCGUGCUGAAAUAUAACUUCGACGGUUUCGACUUGGAUUGGGAGUAUCCCAAUCAGCGUGGCGGCAAACCGGAGGACAUACAGAACUUCGUGCUGCUGACUAAGGAGAUGAAAGAGGCGUUCCAGAAACAUGGACUCAUCCUCAGCGCUGCCGUUGCUGCCGCCGAGACCUCCGCCUCUCUGUCCUACGACAUCGCCCAGAUAUCCAAGUACUUGGACUUCAUCAACAUUAUGGCUUACGAUCUCCAUGGUGCUUGGGAGAAACAAACUGGCCACAACGCUCCGCUUUACCCGCGCAAGGGCGAGAGUGGAAACGACCUUAAACUCAAUGUCGACGCAUCUGUACGCUACUGGUUGGACAGUGGCUGCCCACCUGAGAAGCUGAUCCUUGGCGUGCCAUUCUACGGUAGGGCAUUCACUCUCGCCGAUAAGAGUCAGACCGGUCUUGGAGCUCCUGCCAAGGGACCUGGCGCUGCUGGCCCAUACACUCGUGAGGGUGGAAUGCUUGGCUACAACGAGAUCUGCGACUUCUUCAAACAAGGCGGAUGGACUGUUGUCCGUCAUGAAGAACACCGCACCCCAUACGCUUACAAGGGCGAUCAAUGGUUUGGCUACGACGACGUGAUUUCUCUUACCGAGAAGACCAAAUACAUCAAUUCUUUGAAUCUUGGUGGUGCGAUGUUGUGGAGUAUCGAGACUGACGAUUUCCGUGGCAAUUGCGGCGAAAAAUAUCCUUUGUUGAAAACAUUGUAUGCUGGUCUGCGAGGAGGAGUCCCAGUAGAGCCGCCUAAGGAUCCUGAGGGAAAGCCUGAUCCUGAAUCAACCCAGCGACCAACUCAACCACCUGUGACUGCUCCCCCCAGUGGUGUUUGCAAAAAAGAGGGUUACGUUCGCGAUGAAAAAGACUGCGGCGUGUUCUACCUUUGCCAGAAUGUCAACGGCGUUUACCAACCACAAAGAUUUGAUUGUCCGGGUGGGCUAGCCUUCGAUCCUGAGAUCAACGCUUGCAACUAUAAAAAUCUUGUUCCCGGAUGCAAUUAAACAAUAAUAAAUAUAUGGUGUCAUCUACGCAUAAAAACGCUUCUACCUGAUAUACGGUGUGCAGCAUAAAUAUGUCUUUACGUUUUGUAUUGGUUAUUAUGUAAACAUAAGUGUUAAAUCGUUUUCAUAUUUUUUGUAAUGAUUCUCGCAUGUUUAAAAUAAAACGCAUAACAGACA